AUGCCACCAAAGAAGGGAAAUAAAAAAUCUAAAAAGAAUCAAGAUGAAGAUGAUUUCUGGGCAACAGCUGGUGAAUCCAUCCCAGUAUCCAACGACGCAGACGUAGACGCCGAUUCAGACGAUGCAAACACAAACCCACAGCCACAAAAGAAAUCUGCAUUUGCUGCGAUGGAUGUUGAGGAUGUCGACGAUGACGAGGAAGAAGACAGUAUAGAACCCUCGGCAGCAAUCUCCGAUGACGACGACAACGGUGAUUUAAUGAGCGCUAUAAACAAGUCAAAGAAUAAGAAUAAAAAGAAUAAGAAGCAAUCUGAUCAAGAUGAAGACGCUGUUUUGACUGCUGCUAUGGAAAACAAGGCAAAAGUUUCAAAUGAAGCAAAGCCUGAGACUAAUCAUGAGCCUGAGACUGAUGCUCCUAGACUCCUCAGUAAAAAAGAGAAAGAGAAACUCAAAAAGGAGAAAGACAAGGCAAAGAAGAAAGCUCAAGCUGCUAACAAGAAACCUUCAACUCCACAACCUGAACAGUCUGAACAGCCUGAGGUUUCUACACAGCUCCCUGAUGAUUCUACUCCCGCAAACGAACCAGAAGAUACAUCCGCCUCUGCCGCAGAUAAGAAAAAGAAAAAGAAAAAGAAAGCCUCCGAUAAACCCGCAGAAGAUCCAAAACCUGCAGAUAAAAAGAAAUCCGCUAAGAAACCUCCUGCAGGUUUAGCUGCUCUUAGAGCUCAACUUGAUGCAAACAAGAAAAAGGAAGAAGAAGAAAAGCGUAUUAAGGAGGAGGAGAUGCAGCGUAUCCAAGAAGAAGAGCGUCUUGCUGUUGAAGCUGAGCUCUAUGACGAAGAGCAGAAGCUACUUAAGAAGGAAAAAGACAAGGCCAAGCGUGAGCAGCUUAAAAAGGAAGGAAAGUACCUCACCGAUAAGCAAAAGAAAGAGAAGGCUGCUGGUGAAGCUCGUCGUCAAGCUCUCUUAGCAUCUGGUGUCCGCGUUGCUGGUUUAGAGGACGGUGAAAGCAAGCCUAAGAAGCCAACUUACGGUAAGAAGCCAGCUAAAGGCAAGCAGCAACAACAACCAUCUCAAUCAAACGAGAAAGCUCAUGAGCCAAAGAAGGAAGCCGAGCCUGCUCCUGUUCCUGAGCCCGCUGAAGAGAAGGAAGACAGGUGGGAUGCAACCUCCUCUGAAGAUGAGGGCAAGGGUGAGAAGAAGGCUGAAUCUCAAACUGCUGGUGAUCCUGGACUCGAUGACUGGGAUGCAUCGUCUGACGAAGAGAAGGAUCAAGACAAGAAGGCUGAACCAGCAGCACCACCUGCACCUGCUAAACCAGCAAAUGACCAACAUGAUGACAGCUCAUCUGAAGAAGACUCCGAAGACUCAGACUCAGACGACGAAUCCUCCGAAGAAGAGCUAUCCAACGCACAGAAAGAAGCUCUCAAACGCAAAGAAGAAGCCCACGAACGUCGCAUCAAGCGCCACGAAGACGCCCUCGCAGCACGUAGCAAAGACAACCUUCGCUCACCUAUCUGCUGUAUUCUCGGUCACGUCGACACUGGUAAAACUAAGCUCCUCGAUAAGAUCCGUCAAACCAACGUUCAAGAAGGUGAAGCCGGUGGUAUUACUCAACAGAUUGGUGCUACGUACUUCCCAAUUGAAAAUAUCAUUAAGAAGGUCUCGGUGCUCGACAAAGAGGGUAAACAGGAAUACAAGCUGCCUGGUUUACUUGUCAUUGAUACUCCUGGUCACGAGUCUUUCACUAACUUGCGUUCUAGAGGUAGUUCGCUGUGUAACAUUGCAGUACUUGUCGUUGAUAUUAUGCAUGGUCUUGAACCACAAACACUCGAGUCUCUCAGACUUCUUCGUGACAAGAAGACGCCAUUCAUUGUCGCACUUAACAAGAUCGAUCGUCUUUACGGAUGGGAAACCAUGGCCAACAAUUCCUUCGUCGAUUCGUUCUCCAAGCAAUCUGAAGCUGUCAGACGCGAGUUCCACAUGAGACUUGACAGAGUGAAUCUCGAGUUCGCCGAGCAAGGUCUCAACUCGUGCGUCUACUACGACAACAAGAAAAUGGGUAAAGUCGUCUCGCUCGUUCCAACCUCAGCGCACACCGGUGAAGGUGUACCAGAUCUCCUUCAACUCUUGAUCAACCUUACUCAAGAGCGUAUGAGCGGUGCACUUAUGUACUUGUCAGAACUUGAGUGUACAGUUUUGGAAGUUAAGGUGAUAGAAGGAUUGGGUACAACUAUAGAUGUCGUACUCAGCAAUGGUAUCUUGAGAGAAGGCGAUAAAAUAGUUGUGUGUGGAUUGAACGGACCCAUUGUCACUCAAGUAAGAGCCCUACUCACUCCACAGCCAAUGAAAGAGAUGAGAAUCAAGGGCGCUUAUGUCCACCACAAGGAAAUUAAAGCUUCUAUGGGUGUCAAGAUUACCGCACCAGACCUCGACAAAGCUAUUGCCGGUUCACGUCUGUUGGUUGUCGGAGAAGAUGACGAUGAAGAGGAUCUCAUGGAGGAAGUUAUGGGUGAUCUGCAGACGCUGUUAUCCUCAAUCGAUAAGUCAGGUAAAGGUGUCUGCGUACAAGCUUCUACUCUUGGUUCGUUGGAAGCCUUGUUGGAUUUCCUGCGUUCUUCUAAAAUCCCAGUAUCUGGCAUUAACAUCGGACCUGUGUUCAGGAAGGACGUCCUUAGAGCUGGUGUCAUGUUAGAAAAGGCCAAGGAAUUCGCUACCAUUUUAGCAUUCGAUGUGCCGGUCGAUAAAGAAGCCGACAAGUAUGCUGAUGAAGUGGGAGUGAAAAUAUUCAAAGCGGAUAUCAUUUACCACCUUUUCGAUCAAUUCACUGCAUACAACAAAUCGAUUGUGGAAGACAAAAAGAAGGAGGCUGCUCCAUCCGCAGUAUGGCCUUGUAGAUUGAAGAUACUACAGGCGUUCGUGCGCAGAGAUCCUAUUAUCGUCGGAUGUGAUAUUGUCGACGGUACUUUGAGAGUAGGUACGCCUAUCUGUGUCGUGACAGUCAAUGGUGAGGGCAAGAAGGAGAUUGUUCCACUCGGUAGAGUCGGUAGUAUAGAGAUCAACCACAAACCAUUGGAUAUUGUGAAGAAGAACCAGACAGGUGCCGGUAUCGCAGUCAAGAUCGAUAACUUCCACAACCAGGCUCCUAAGAUGGUUGGAAGACAUUUCCAGGAAACUGAUCUACUCCUCUCGCAUAUCUCGAGAAAUAGCAUCGAUGUCCUCAAACAAAACUUUGCGGCAGAUCUCACCAAAGAAGACCUGCAUCUAAUUAAGAGACUGAAAACCACUCUUGAAAUUCCAUAG